AUGGAGUGUUCGGAAUCCAAUUUCUUAAUGAUAAGAGAUAGAUCAUGUUGUCAGCUUGAUAAUGGAAAAUUUAUUGUAAAAAUUGGGUUAAUAAAUAAUUUGAAUUGUUUAUUGGAUUUUUUAAAACAACAACAACAACAACAACAAAAAAUUAUGGCAAGCAGUUAUGUUGAUGCUAAUCCCAGCUUAUCAUUUGAUUUUAUCAAUAAACAUCCAUUGCUACAAAAAUUAAUUACUUGGUAUCAGCAAAUUGGCACUGCGAAUAAAGAUAAUGAAAAUAAGCAUGGAUUUUUAAAUCAUUUUAUUGAUACUAUCGCUAACAAUUUAACAAAGUCAAGCAAUAAUUUACGAUAUAGUGAUGCAAUCAAGAAUUUUGCUUUAUCGUUAUAUAUAUUAGGUGGAAAAUUGACGUAUAAAUUCAUUAGAUUAAAUUUACCUGGAUCUUUACCUAGUUUAACUAUGUUAAAUACGUUAAUUUUAAAUUCAAAUUUUAAAAUUAGCGAAAGAGAAUUUCGAUUUGACCAACUUCAAAAACAUUUUGAUGCUCUUAAUGUUCAAUAUGCAUUCGGCUCGAAAGAUGCUACCAGUAUAAUUAAAAAGAUAAAAUAUGAUUCAACAACAAAUACAUUCAAUGGAUUUCCUACACCACUUGAUCGUGGAGUACUAAUUAAAGAAUAUUAUCAAACUGAUUCAUUUGACACAUUGAAAUUGUGA